GUUUUGAUUUCAGGCUGCAGCAACAUGUCUGCCUCCUUGGUGAGGGCGACUGUCCGAGCGGUCAACAAAAGAAAGAUAUUAUCUACAAGAGCCGCACUCACACUGACUCCAGCAGCUGUGAACAAAAUCAGGGUUUUGUUGCAGGAAGAACCAGAAUAUAUUGGUUUGAAGGUUGGAGUGAGAACGCGGGGCUGUAAUGGACUGACCUACACACUGGACUACACCAAGGAGAGAGACAAAUCAGACGAGGAGGUGUUGCAGGACGGUGUGAGGGUGUUCAUAGAGAAGAAGGCCCAGCUCACGCUCCUGGGAACAGAGAUGGACUUUGUGCAGACGAAGCUGUCCAGCGAGUUUGUCUUCAACAAUCCCAACAUCAAAGGAACAUGCGGCUGCGGCGAGAGCUUCAACAUCUGAGCAUCUCGGACGCUUCCUGCCCGCGCUCUGCCCCUCCCCCAUUUCAAGAACCUUGUCCCAUCUGUUGAGACUGAGACACUGAAUGGUGACGAGGAAGCUGGGUAUGAGGAGAUCUUUGAGAUGUGUUUGUGCCUCCUGUUCCACCACUUCAGUUCCUGGAGAACAUUGGCGUAGACGAUAUAUUAAGGCCCAAGUAUGACGUCUUUUUACACUUUGAAGGUUUCAACGUCACUGUCAGAACCAUGAUUUAUUUUAGCUUUAUAAAUUUGAUGUCAACUGCUUUAAAGUAAUCUGGGUUCAGCAUUUAAAAGAAUCUUUAGAGGGACCCUUGAAGCUGUUUUUUUUUUUUUUAUUAUUUUAUUUAGUCACUGUCUUGACAUGCGCACAAUAUUUUCAUUUAGUUGAAUCUAUGAUUUGUUUGCAGGUGGAACUUGUACAAUAGCUUAAGAGCUACAGUGAAACAUUGAUCGGGUUGGUUUUGACAAGAGGAUGAGAAGAGAUGCUAUUAAAGCAACACUGUGCAACUUGUUUUUAAUCUUAAACUCACAGCUUGAAAAUAAUUUGAAUGGUUCACAGACUUGUAACCGGGAAAAUGGAGCCUACGUCACUCCUCCAUUCUUACACUAGGUUCAGUUCCAGAAUCGGGCCAAGCAUGUAGAGUAAUGCUCAAUUUUAGAUGCGUUCACAACAAACUCAUGCCACAUGACGCAAAUAUAGUCAUUGGUUUAUUUGUUUUUCGUGAUGCGAGUAAACACAACCUGCAAAUACUCACCUGGGGCUAAUGGCUUAAUUCAACAGAUGUAUAAGUUCAGAGGUUACUAGGCUUAGCAACCUCACUCGUUUUCUGCCACGACCUUUCUUACUUUUGCUUAUCCUCACGUAUGACACAAUUCUUUUGCGUUGUCUUUGUGUGAAAAAUGUGUGCCAUUUUUGUUGAACGCACCAUCAGAACUCAUCAAAAAUCCACGGCAACGACAGCGCGUCCAGCAGACGUUGCACAGUGCUGCUUUAAAUAUUCUGCUUGGAUAAAGUUGGAAUCCACUUGAAUCCACAUCAGCUGUCGGAUGAACGGCUUGAUAAUAACCACUGGUGUAGGACAGUGUCAAAGUAGAGGUGUUUGAGAGUCUUGUAUCUGCCUUUUCAGUUUGUAUAGUCUUUGAAAUGCUAAUGUUAUUAUUUAACUCUGUGUGUAUGUAAAGAAUUGAAAUCUACAUUGAACUACAUAAACAAACACACAAAGCAGUAAAAACCAACGCACAAAAAAAAACACGCGUAUCCCUCGCAUAAUAUAUGAGGAUCCUUUGCUCGAAAGCCAGGAACUUGUGUUUUAUGUAUAUUGUUCACUUUUCAGAUUGAAAACUGUGCAAUAUAUCUGUACAUAUGAAAUAAUAAAAGGAUAAAUCCAGUAUAAUUAAA